AUGGCAGAGACUUUGAAUAUACUAAGCCCUGUGAAAUAUGAUGAUUCAUUAGCACAUUAUGAGAUUCAUUCUCAUCAACCAUAUGUUUCAUCAGCAUUUAAUAACAGUGAUGAGAUUAGAAUUGCAGUACAACAUCAAGAUUUGUAUAUUUUACCCUGUAAAAGUACAUUACAUAUACAUGGAAGAAUUUCAAAACCUGAUAAUACCAAUGUCACAAACACAAAAAUAACUAGCAAUGGAAUUUGCCAUUUAUUUAAUGAUAUACGUUAUGAACUUAAUGGUGUUGAAAUUGAUGGUUGCAAAAAUGUUGGUAUCUCAACCAACAUGAAAUUUUACAUUUCACAAACACCUAAUCAAUUUAUGUAUGCUGAGAAUGCUGGUCAUCUAAAUUUUGAUGAUACUAGUAGAGUAACGGAUGAUGCUGGAUAUUUUGAUGUAAAUAUACCAUUAAGCAUGAUUCUUGGAUUUGCUGAAGAUUAUCGAAAAAUUGUUGUAAAUGCAAAACAUGAACUUAUUUUAACAAGAUCUCGUACAGAUCUUAAUGCUGUGGUUAAUAUUCUUGGAGUUGAACGUGAAGAAUUUAAAAUUGUAAUUAAUAAAAUUGAAUGGAUGAUUCCAUAUUUGUUUGUUGGUGAUCGUCAAAAAAUUGAAUUGUUGAAAUUUAUUGAAAAAGAUCCACUUAUAAGUAUGAGUUUUAGAUCAUGGGAACUGUAUGAAUAUCCACUUAUACCUGCAACUCAGAAACAUGUCUGGACUGUAAAAACAUCUACACAGGUUGAGAAACCUCGAUAUGUUAUCCUUGGUUUUCAAACAAAUAGAAAAGAUAAUCAUGCAAGAUAUGCAAACCUUUUUGAUGCCUGUAAUCUCGUGAACGUAAAACUUUUUCUAAACUCACAGUACUAUCCAUAUGGUAGUUUAAAUUUAAAUUUUAAUCAAAACAAAUUCUCUAUACUCUAUGACAUGUAUUGUAAUUUUCAAACAUCAUAUUAUGGAAAAGAUUCUGAGCCCAUAUUAUCUAGAAAAGAUUUUAAAGAUUAUGCACCAUUGGCUGUUAUAGAUUGCUCAAAGCAAAAUGAAUUUCUUAAACAAGCUUCUGUAGAUGUGAGAUUGGAAUUUGAAUCUAGUGUAAAUUUUCCCGCCAAUACAGCGGCAUAUUGCUUGAUUCUUCAUGAUCGUAUUAUACAGUAUAAACCAAUCAGCGGUCUGGUUAAGAAAGUAACAUAA